AUGAAUUGUGGGGCGGGAAACGUCAGAUCGCUGUGUAGCUGUGAAGAGACAACAUGUCAUCGACCAGUGACUUUUUGCGCAGUCGAGGAGUUUCAGAGGACAUCAUCUCACUUAUGGAGGAGCAGAGGAUAAAGUGACUGAUGGAGGCUACAACUCACACAGUGGCAGCUGAAAAGCCAGAUUUGGAUGACUUCAUCAAGCUGUGCUUUAGACUUUCACUCAGCAAUAAAGAAAUACUUGCAGUAGUGGCACAUCGUGCUCAGACUGUCAUGAGUAUUCGGACUCUGAAGAGCAUAUGCCGAAGACUUGGUUUGUAUCGAAGAAAGAACCAGUCAGACCUGGGAGAAGUGUUGGCUUUUAUCCAGCAAGAGAUCAUGACGAGUGGGCAGAUGCAAGGUUAUCGAUGGCUUCAUCUACGAGCAAUUCAGAAAGGAUUUGUUGUGUCACAAGACACAAUACGGCAAAUUAUAAAAAUGAUUGACCCCGUUGGUGUGGAAUUAAGAAGAGCACGACGCCUACGAAGACGGCAAUACAGCUGCAGAGGACCAAAUGCUGUUUGGCACAUGGAUGGCUAUGAUAAAUUGAAACCCUAUGGGAUUGGCAUCCAUGGCUGCAUUGACGGGUUUAGCCGAUACGUAUUAUGGGCAGAGGCCUACACCACAAACAAUGGUCCGAAGGUGGUUGCAAGUUACUUUAUUAAAACAGUUUCACGCAUUGGUGGAUGCCCAGAAAGGAUCCGUGCUGACAGGGGCACAGAAAAUGGCCAUGUUGAACAGAUGCAAAUGUUUUUGCGAAGAAACCACUCAGAUAGCUUUGCAGGGGACAAAAGUUUCCUUUAUGGAAGAAGUACCGCCAAUCAGCGCAUUGAAGGAUGGUGGACCACCCUCCGUAAACAGACUGCACAAUUCUGGAUGAAUUUAUUUCAAACUCUUCAGGAUGAUGGUCACUUCACAGGAAACUUUCUGGAUAAAAGCCUCAUCCAGUUCUGCAUUCUCAAUCUCAUGCAGGAUGAGCUGGAUGAAGUUGUGAACACAUGGAACUCCCACAAAAUAAGAUCAAGGUUGACCGGUGAUGCAGCUUCAGGUCGGCCAGUCGUCAUGUAUUCAUUCCCUGCCAUUCACAGUGCUGAGGAUCGACUGAAAUCUGCUGAAAUGGAAGAGGUCAUUGUAUGUAUGGAAGAGUGCACGCCAAAAGCCCCGUUUCCUUGUGAUGAAACUGUUUUUGAGCUGUGUUGUCUGCUCAUGGAGGAAAAUGAAUGGCAUGCUCCAUCAGAUCCAUUAGAUGCAAGUGAUUUGUACAUUACAUUGAGGGGAGAAAUAUUGAAGAUUGUAUGACAAGUCUAUUGAUGUAAUAUUUAUUAAAACUUCGGCAUCUAACUGUGUCAUUAAGAGAAUGAAUUCGACACAUUUUUUGUCCUUUGAGUUUACGUAUUGUGAUUUUUCACACAUGACAUUUUAAAUGUAUUUUCUGUAAGUCACAAAUAAAUAAAAGGGCAUUAAACAUUUCACCUGAGUUGUGAUGAAUCUAUGUAAAACUUCACCUACCAAAAUGAGUGA